GUUCAUUCAUUGAUGCAUUUCGAUUUCAAGUACUCUUAGUUGUACAACAACACUGACGAAGGCCGCACGCGCACGUUGCCACGAAGCACCCACUUUACGCGGUACGAAUCGAAGAACGCGCGAUGUGUUGUAUGGCAAAAGUUUUUAAUUCUCAAUUUAAAUUUUGAAUUUCGGUUCAAUAACAGCAACUUGCCUCUUUUGUAAGGAAGUUGAAGUGAUUAUUUAUAUUAAGAAUAACCAUUAUCAUUUUGUGUGGUGUCAAAUUUUUGAAAAAUGUCGAGCGUUCCAUUGUAUCGUCGCGCUAUUGCUGGUGCGGCUCUGGCUCACGGUACCCCAACGGCAGCCGAUCAGAACAACCCCCUGGUGAUCCAACCUUGUCAGGAGAAUCAAUGGACUCCUGCUGCUUUGGAGAGGGCAGGAUCUACUCUGAAAGCGCUCAAUCGUAUGGCGAAACGACCACCGGUGCACAUCCUGUUUGAAGAUAUCGCCUUUGCUGUCAGUUCACAUAAAGGCGAGCGUCGGCUCCUACACAACGUGUCCGGCGAGUUCCGGUCUGGAGAGGUGACCUGUAUCCUGGGUCCGUCCGGGGCCGGCAAGUCCACUCUACUCAACAUACUGGCCGGUUACACGUCGAAUGGAGUGACGGGUCGGAUCACCGUGAACGGUCACAACCGGGACAUGCGACUUUUUAAAAAGCUCAGCAGCUACAUCAUGCAGGAUGACAUGCUGCAGCCCCGCCUGACGGUCCUCGAGCUGAUGGGGGUCGCUGCCAACCUAAAACUGGGGCAAGAACUUGGUGGCGCCGAAAAACAAUUAAUAAUAGAAGAGAUCCUUCAAACCCUGGGUCUUUGGGAACACAAGCACACACGCUCGGAACACCUCUCCGGGGGUCAGUCAAAGCGCCUCUCGGUCGCCCUGGAGCUGGUCAACAAUCCACCAAUCAUAUUCCUGGAUGAACCUACCACUGGCUUGGACGUCGUAUCGAUACGCCACCUGGUGGUCCUGUUGAGGCUGCUGUCCCGCCAGGGUCGAACCAUUGUGUGCACAGUGCACCAACCCUCUGCGUCACUCUUCGCUCUCUUCGACAGGGUUUACGUGCUAGCGAGAGGACUGUGCUGCUACCAGGGCGCAGCUCCACUCCUCGUGCCAUAUCUCGCUGAAGCUGGUCACGUUUGCCCCACCACCCACAACCCCGCGGACUUCGUACUGGAGACCUUGCUGAACGACAUCGAAGCACCCGCUCAGCUCUCGGAGCUGUGCCAAAAUGGGAAACUGUGCAGAAAACUAGACCGAAUCACAGCGAGAGGGGGCAGAAAACCGGUUCUACACUCCGACGAGUCUAUACAAAGAAUAUUCGGAGAGCACGUUGCCAAAGAGCAAAUGCAAAAAAUGGAGUUCCCCACCACUUUCUUGACCCAAUUUCUGAUUCUAACGAAGCGGAUGUUUUUACAAACCACUAGGAACUCGGUGUCCCUGUGGAUUCAACUGUUACACCAUUUGCUGUCGGCGUUCCUUCUCGGCAGCAUAUUCUUCUUGGUGGGAAACGAUGCCAAUGCGCCCAUAGUUAAUUUCAAAUUCUGCCUCAGCUGCCUUGUUUUCUUCAUGUACACGUAUAUUAUGAUACCUGUAUUAUUGUUUCCUACGGAGGUGAGAUUGCUCCGUAGAGAAUACUUCAACCGGUAUUAUAGUUUGAAGGCUUACUACGCGGCGCUCACCUUCUCAAGUUUCCCAGUUAUGAUAAUCCUCGGGCUAGUGUUCCUGGUGAUCUCGUACUUGAUGUCCGGGCAGCUGCUUGAGUGGGACCGAUUCGUUCUGUUCAGUAUCAGCGGUAUUCUCACGGCUGUAUGCUCUGAGGGACUCGGAUUGGCUGUCGGCUCCGCGUUUAGCGUUACUAAUGGUUCAAUCGUGGGUCCGGCCAUCGCCGCUCCACUCCUUGCGCUGUGCUGUUACGGCAUGGGAUUCGGACCUUACAUAGAAGCUAGCAUGAAGUUCCUUAUGUCAGCCUCCUAUUUACGCUACGGCUUAUCUGGAUUCUCCCUGGCUUUAUACGAAAACCGUCCUUACAUGGAGUGCAACGACGACUUCUGCCUAUACGCCAACCCAAAACUAAUACUGAGAGAUGUGGGCAUGAGCAACGAAAGCUACUACAUACAAGUGAUCGGUCUACUUGCAUUCACCUUUGUGCACAGACUCAUAGCGUAUUUUGCUCUGCGCUACCGUCUCACAACCGAAUUUUCUAACAAGUUCAUGACUUAUAUAAGCAAAUUUCUGAAGCAUAGAUAAAAUUUUGCUAGAUUUAUUUGAGAUAGAAAUUGUUGGUGCGAUAGGAUAUAACCUCAUGCAGAAAUACAAGGGAAUAGCUUAGAUUAUUCUUUUUAUAUCGAUGUGUAAGAAAUGGCCAAUAAAAAAGGUUGUGUAUACCUAUUUUUGACAUUUAAUAUUAUGACAUAAAAUAUGAUGAUAGUACUCAUAUCAUAUCGUAACGUAAGUCACAAUUUAUAUCUGUACGAUAGUUAGAUAACUUACCACAUAAGUACCUAUGACUGAAUAGACUACUUGUAAAUGGUGUCAAUUCUGGCAUGAUUCUCUAAACUUAAAACUAAAUUUAAUAUCAGUCUCUCCUCAUCAAUCUGUAAAGAGAAUGACAAGGAUACACUGGUAUCGAUUUUGGCGUGAUUCUCUAAACUUAAAAUUAAAUUUAACAUCAAUCUCUCC